AUGGUAGAUACGGCGUCGGACAGAACUGAGAUUCUCGAGAAUCCGAUUACCCGUACUCCGAUUCUCUCGUUUUCUUCUCCGACGAGCCUCGAUUCCAUCAACGACGAUGACGUCUUCCGUACUCCUCCCGAGAACGCAUAUCUCUCCUCUGCAACCGCCGAUUCGGAAUCCAGACUUAGGUUUCCGGAAAUGAAACCUGAUUCGAAAUUGCAAUCUCCGUCUUCUAAAACCGAGACGACGAUGCCUUUUUCUUCUUCUCCGUCUUCUCUUCUGACGGAAAAUGCUAGGGUUCUGGAGACGAAUCGUCUUUCUGGUUCUCCGUCUUCUGUCCCGGCUGGUAAUGUUAGGGUUCGGGGAAAGAAUUCGGAUAUCGAUUCUCCUUCUCUGUCUUCGAAGCUCUUCUUCGUUGAGAAUCUCAAACAGUGUGGCCUCAAAUUCCCUAAAUGA